CAGAUAUCCAAAUUUGCUUGGUAUAUAUUUAAUUUAAUAAAUUAAAUUGAUUUUAAUUACUGUAUUUUUUAUAAGAAUUUUACAAUAUAAUAAUUAAAACAAGUACAUAAUAGUUACUGACGUAUAGGAUAAACUUCAAGAAAUAUUUAUUUUUCUCGGAAUAUUUUUGAAAUUUUAAGAACAAAGAGAUUGUUUUACUCUGUCAAUGACACUUGAGUACGAUGGGAUCAGUUCAAAGUCGUAAGGAAAGUAACACACAAUUUAUCAAAAGUGAUGUUGAAAUUAUCAUUAGCGAGCCGGAUUAUUCAGAUAAUGAAGAAGAAUUUUACGAAUGCUUAACCGAUUUAAUUGGAAAAGAUCUGACUAUUCUCAAAAGUGAUGAAAAUAUCCCGAAUUUUGAAAAUGAGCAAGCUGAUACAAGUGAAAAUCAUGAAGGCCUUCAAAUGAACUCAAACAAAGAAAUUCAUACAGAAGAAUCAGAUGAUUCAUCUGCAGAAAUUAAGAAAAGACAACAAAGAGAAUUGGAAGAGUUUCGAGAGGAAAUAAACAGAAAGCGAGCAUUACGUCAACAAUGUAUAAAGAAAUUGCGAGACGAGCUUAAAGAUUUGAAUGAAAAGUUAUCUUAUCAAAUGAUGAUUAAUGAACAGUUGCGUGAGUCAAUUGAUAAUCGAAGCGAUGAUGUGGUAACAAAUGAUGUUAAUGUUGAGAAUAAAAAUUUAAAAAUGGAACUAGCUGAAUGUCAGAUGUACUUGCAGAAAGUAAAUGGAGAAAAUCUCACUGUAAAUAUUGAAAAUCAAGCAUUAAGAGAUCACAUUCGUUCAUUAAAAGAAGUUAAUAAAGCUAUGAAAGAAAUGUUGGCAAUUCGCGAAUGCCAAGUUGAUCAAUUAAAAUCGAAACUUGAUGAGAUAGAAAGUUCAUUUUGUGACAAGGAAGCAACAAUAUUGUCGACAGAUCUCAAACAAGAAUAUCAAAGACAGUUAGAAAAUAUACGAAGCAUGCGUUCGUUGUACGAAGAAAGAACCAAUUUAUUGCUUCAAGAGAAUAAUAUGCUCAAACAGCAACUUGGUGAUAAGGAGCAUGACCUAGAGACCGAAAUUGAAAAAUCUAAAAAUUUUGAGGAAUACAUUGCAACAUUAGAAAGUAAUUUAAACGUAAAGAACGAUGAUAUUGCAAAUUUAGAAAAUCAAAUUACUCUUCUUAAAUCUGAAAAGCUCCAAAUCAAUGAAGAGAUGAAUGCUGUUAAUCAGCUUAUAUCCCAAAUUCUUUUUGAUUUUAAUGCUACUGGAAACAAUGUAAACUUUGACAUGCUUUAUAGCAUGCUGGAAGAAAAUAGAGAUUUUCUAAAAGAAAUGGCUUUAAAGGAAGAUUAUGGAGGAAUUGAUGGUGGUUCCUUUUUACCCAGAAUGCUUUACGAUCUUUUUCUUCAAGUCAAUCAAAAGUCAGAUGAGAACUCAUGUGAAAAUAUUGAAGCUCAAAGAUCUGUCAGCAGUCCAGAAGACAUAGCAUUAAAACUACCCAAGGUCUUUAGAAUAUUGAUUGAGCUGUUAAAUCACCAUCAAAACAAUAAUCAGAAAGACGAAAAUAAAGAAGAAGAUGAAAAGAGUAAUGAGAAAUCUGUUCUAGAUGAUUGUUAUAAAUCAGUUCCAACAUCGUCUGGUUCGCAAGCAGUAUUGAGUGUUAGCAAAACUUUUAUAAAACUUCGUGAUUUAAUUUUUGAAAAGCGAUCCUUGCAAAAAGAUACAACAAGAUUAAAAACCCUUUAUUCACAUUUGGAACAGCGACUUGAUAAGCAAGAAAAGAAAUUGAGUUCUGUUAGUUUAGAGUUAACGAAAACGUGGCAUUUAGUUGGAAAAAUUAAAAGACAACACAGACAACUUCAUACUCACGAGCAGAUCUUGUGCUAUCAACUUCAGCAAAAAAGACGAGUACUCAAUGAACUAAAGGCUGAACUAGAAUAUUGUAGAAAGAAAUGGGCACUGGCGCGUGCUAUCAAUAAGGAAUCCGAGAAACAAUGUAAAGAAUUAAGAGAUGAAUUUAUAUCAAGGAAGAUUCAAGAUCAAAACUCUGCAGAAAGUGGAUAUAGUGAUGAUCAUGCCUCUGACGGUGAUGAAUGUGAAAAGAAAAAUAUUACUUGUGAAAAUGAUAAGGCACGAUUUGAAAGAAAUUUAUCAGAAUUUUAUAGAAUUCCACUUUAUCUGAUUGAUUCUGAUCGAAGAAGAAGCUUAGAGCUUCCAAUUUUAUACCAAUUAUUUCCUGUUGAUAUUUCAAUUACUCCACCCCGUGCACAAAGUGAACCUCCAGCUGAUUUUGACUUAAAAGAACAUUUUGAUAAAAUCUACUUAUUACCAGAACAAGAUUGCGAUGAAAAGUCUGAAAUUUCAUGUUCAAUUGUUGAAGUAGAACAACAUCUUGAAAACCUCAAUGGUGACAGUGUUUUAGUUACUUUACCACCAGAUGUUCAUGAAUUAAAGAAAAAUGAAACUAAACCGAAAAUCAAGAAUGAUUUACAAAAGUCAAAAAAACACAAAAAGAAAAAAAAUGCCAUUUCAGGAACAGAAUCAGCCGAAGAUAUGUUCAAAAGAUUAACUAGAUCAAUAAAUGGCGAAAUUUCGACAACGACUGAAGAAAUUGAUGAGGAGCUUGAAAAUAUUGAAGAAAUUCCUAUGGAUAUUGUAGAUACGAUCCAAGAAACUUGUCCAGUUCAAAACGAAGAAAAAAUAUCAUCAGACAAUACAGACAUUCAAAUGGAAUGUGAAAAGCAGGAAACUUUUAAUCCAACAACAUCAGCAGAAGAUGAUUAUUUAAAAACAAGGGAAGCUCGAUUAGCUCGUCUUGAAGCUGAAACUAAAGAAUUUUAUGAAAAAAUGACUCGGAAUAAAGAAAAACGAAUUGAAUUGGAUAAUCGUUUAGCUAAUGCGCAUAAAAGUUUUCUUGAACGCCAAAAGGAUAAAUCUGAAAACGUCAAUAGUCAAUCUUCAGAUUCUUCAGAAGACUCCAAGCCAAAUAAUGAUUUAAAUGACGAAAACAAAACUGAUGAUGUCGAUGACAAUGAUGAAAAUUCAACAAUAUAGUUCAUACAAAAAUUGUAGCUGAUAUUGAUAUUAUUUCACAUUAACUUUGUGAUUUGAUCAUAUUAAAAUGCUCUUUUUGGUUAUUAUAGAAAUUCAAAAUUUUAAAUUUCUACGAAAUUUAUAAAACAA